AUGAAAUUUGAAAAGCUCAAAGUGCGCCCCAAGAAGCUGGCGGCGAAGGCUCCUUGCGCUGCGGAGUUUGCCUCUGUGCUUGCAUGCUGGGCGUCCUCCAAUGAUCUGCGCUCGCAGUCGGAAUGCAUGCAAGUCACCCAGGCGCUACGUGAAUGUAUGAUGAUGAAGCAUGUGAAUCAUGCGCGUGCUAAGCCUACCAUCAACUACCACCUGGCCCGCUUCUCCAAGCAUAUGUAA